CUGCUAGUCCGCAGGAAUUGAAACCGAAAGCGCCCGGGCCGCUUGAUAAGCCCCGGCGUCGGCCGAGACGCCGCAGAAGCCCCCGAGGCGCCGCCAUGGAGGACAGCGCGCAGGACGAGCGCUACCUCGACAUGAUCGCCUGCUUCAGGCCCCGCAUCAAAGCCGGCCUGCGCACGGGGCCCGUGCUGGACCACCUGCCCGAGCUGGGCGCCGAGCGGGACCGCAUCCGCGCCGCGGCCGAGCAGCUUGGCGACGCGCUGCAGCUCGGCGGCUGCGCCCUGGCCGCCAGCUACGCCAACCCCAGCCUGCGCGACCUGCCGUCCCCGGCCGAGGAGGCCGAGCACGACCUGUGCGUGGCGCUGCUGCAGGUGCUGUACGGCUCCCUCGUGGACCGGCUGCGGACCCGGCCGGUGGCCGACAGCUGCCUGCGGGCGGGCCUCGCCACGGAGGACGACAGGGAGCGGAUCCGGGCUGUUACUGAAACUCGUGGGAAUAGAGAAGGUGCAAGGGAGCUCCUGAGUACAAUAGUGCAGAAGAAAAAUUGGUUCUCUGAAUUUUUGUCUGUCCUGCGUGAAACUGACCAUGCAGACCUUGCAGAUUAUUUAAGUGGAAAUACAGGAGAGCAUAAAGAAGAUGAGCCAAAGCAACCAACAACUGCAAAUGAGGAAAUGGAAGUUCAAAAUUCAAUGUCUUCUGAAACGGCAAAGGAGCAAAAGCAAAACAAUGAAGUGAAUGAUAUCCUGUCCAGGGAAGACAGUUUAUUGGAAACACUUCCCAAAAAUACUUCUCUAGUUUCAGAUGAAGAUGAUGCAGAUAGUAGAGCUUCCCCGGAACCAGAGCUGGUCCUCCGAGAUUACCAGAUGGAGGUUGCAAAACCAGCACUGAACGGAGAGAAUAUUAUAAUAUGUCUCCCUACAGGCAGUGGUAAAACUAGAGUGGCUGUUUACAUUACCAAAGAUCACCUGGAUAAGAAGAGAAGAAAAUCAGAGUGUGGAAAAGUUAUAGUACUAGUCAAUAAGGUACCAUUAGUGGAACAGCACUUCCGAAAGGAGUUCUAUCCAUUCCUGAAGCAUUGCUAUCAAGUUACUAGAUUAAGUGGUGAUUCUCAGAUGAAGAUUUCAUUCCCUGAAGUUGUCAGGAAAAAUGAUGUCAUUAUAAGUACUGCUCAGAUCCUUCAGAAUUCAAUGUCAAAUGCAGCUAAGGAAGAUGAAGAAGGUAUCCAUUUAUCAGCUUUUUCUCUUAUCAUUAUUGAUGAAUGUCAUCACACCCAGAAGGAAGGUGUCUACAACAAUAUAAUGCGAAGUUAUUUAAAAGACAAGAUGAAAAAUAAGAAACUAAAAAAAGAAAAUAAACAAGUGAUUCAACAGCCUCAGAUCCUGGGACUGACUGCUUCACCCGGUGUGGGAGGUGCAAAAAACCAAGCAAAAGCUGUAGAACAUAUUCUGAAAAUAUGUGCAAAUCUUGAUGCUUGUAGAAUAAUGACUGUUGAAGAACAUGCCUCCCAGCUGACUGAUCAAGUGAAGGAACCAUUUAAGAAGUUUGUGAUUGCAGAUGAUAAAAGAAAGGACCCUUUUAAAGAAAAAAUUAUAGCGAUCAUGCAAGAGAUUCAUACCUAUUGUCAACUCAGUGCAACUUCUGAGUUUGGAACUCAGCCUUAUGAACAGUGGGUAGUUAAAGAAGAGAAAAGAGCUGCAAAAGAAGAGAAACGCAAAGAACGUGUUUGUGCAGAACAUUUGAAGAAAUACAGUGAUGCCUUACAAAUUAAUGACACGAUCCGAAUGAUCGAUGCAUACAACCACCUCAAUAACUUCUAUAAAGAGGAGAAAAGCAAGAAAGCAAAAAUAAGGGAUGAGGAGGAGGAGGAGGAGGAUGAGCCAGUAGCACCAAAACAGGAUGCAACUGAUACAUUUCUGUUAAAUUUGUUUUAUGAAAAAAGGAAACAGCUGAAAACAAUUGCUGGCAAGCCAGAAUAUGAGAACGAAAAGCUAACAAAGUUGCGAAACACUUUAAUGGAAGAGUUCACAAAAACAGAUGAAGCAAGAGGAAUUAUCUUCACAAAAACUCGACAAAGCGCGUAUGCCCUUUUUCAGUGGAUCAAGGACAAUGCAAAAUUUGAAGAAGUGGGAAUUAAAGCUCAUUACCUUAUUGGUGCUGGACAUAACAGUGAAUUCAAACCCAUGACUCAGAAUGAACAAAGAGAAGUCAUCAGUAAAUUUCGUGCUGGAAAUAUAAACCUACUUAUUGCUACUACUGUGGCUGAGGAAGGUCUGGAUAUCAAGGAAUGUAACAUUGUUAUCCGCUAUGGUCUCGUCACCAAUGAAAUUGCUAUGGUGCAGGCUCGUGGACGAGCCCGAGCUGAUGAGAGCACCUACGUACUGGUGGCAUCAGGGGGAUCAGGAGCUGCUGAACGUGAAAAUGUCAAUAUAUUUCGUGAGCAAAUGAUGUAUAAAGCCAUCCAACGUGUCCAAAGGAUGCCACAGGAGGAAUAUGUAAACAAGAUUCAGGGGUUUCAGAUGCAAAGUAUAAUGGAAAUAAAAAUGAAGGCAAAGAGAGAGCAGCGUAAGAUAUACAAGGAAAAUCCAUCGUUAAUAACGUUCCUUUGCAAAAACUGUAGCAAACUAGUAUGUUCUGGAGAAGAUAUACAAGUUAUUGAAAGCAUGCAUCAUGUCAAUGUUAAAAAGGAGUUCCAGGACCUUUAUUAUACAAGAGAAAAUAGAACACUGCGAGAAAAACAUGCUGAUUACCAAACAAAUGGUGAAAUUAUCUGCAAACAUUGUGGGCAAGCUUGGGGAAAUAUGAUGGUGCACCGAGGGCUUGACCUUCCUUGCUUGAAAAUCAAAAAUCUCGUGGUUAGAUACAAAGAUAAAAAAACCUCAAAUCAACUUUACAAGCAAUGGGGAGAGCUGCCAGUCAGCUUCCCUGAUUUUGACUAUGCAGACCACUUUGUUUCCAGCGAUGAAGACUAAGGAUUUGUUCACAAAUGUACACUCAGUUUAAUUUUAACCUGAAGCAUUAUUUUUACUGCUGUGAUUACAGGCUCCUGGUUUGUUUAUUUUUUCAGGAAAAGCUCCUGUCUUGUAUCUUUAAAACUGGAAACUCCAAGUGCAGUAAAACUGGGACAUCACUUGGGGAGAAGGAAAGGUGUUUGUGCUUUUGUGGUGGCUUGGAGUAAGAAAAGAAAAGCCUUAGUAGAUCCAGGCUUUUGUGAACUCAGGGGACAAACCUUCCCUCCCUAUAUACCAGAAUCCAGCGAAUGAAUGAAAAAGUUUUCAUUGAUUGGAUUUUUUUCCAUCAUUGCAAAAAUGCAUUUAAUGAGUGGCAUAUGCCAUCUAAGAUAAUUAACAAACAUUUGGGGGGAUUUUAACUCGGGAAAUACUUGUUAAAGGUCAUUGUUAGAUCAGACAUGCAUUUGAAACUGAGGUUGGGAGUUAGUUAUUGGUAACAAAGAGGCAGAAGUAGAGCAUAUAUGAUAUGCAGUCAAUCUUUCAGUGCAGGAAUUGGUGAGGGCUGCUGACUCCCAGCAGUGAUGUAAGCCAGUGGUCAGGUCCGGCCUGCAGAGCCAUUGGAUCCAACCUGUGCCCGAUGACUUCAGCAGUGGGAUAUUUUGCCUGCACUGCACUGUACCUGGGCUCUGGAGCUUUGCCCAUGCCACAGCUGGGUGGCAGGAAGCAGUGGCAGCAGCAGCCGAAUUCUAGUGCUAGCCCUUGGACCCAAGCUGGGUCGUUCCAGCCCACCAUGGCAAAAAAGGUUGCUGACCACUGAUCUAAGCUAUUUUCCUCCCUUCCUUUCCCCAUGUUAACACUGUCUCACAGUGACAUAAGUCAUGUGAGGGGGUAUCUUUUAACUCAGAGUUUCCCCUGAAAUGGCUGUCGUUUGGACACUGGUUCUGUGUUGUGCUUCUCCUCUUAUAUUAUUAAGGGGUGACUCCCACAUUUGUUACAGUCAGACUAAAUUUAAACUAUUAUAUAAAAUAUUUUAAGAAAACCAUGUACUUAAACCUUAAGUAACAGUAGCAAAUAGAAUUUUCCAUUUGCAGUAUUAUACAAAGAUUUUGUAAAAUGUUGAAGAUGCAUUGAAGUAUGCUUCUUUAAUAAAUGGUUAUAACAACUC